CAGAGCAAUGCAGGAUCAACUAGAGAGGAAUUUCGGCACCUGUGAUGAUUAUUGGCUCAUGUCUGGCUUGAUUAGAUCAUAAACUGGAGCUCAGGAGGGAGAAACAAGACACUGAGAUUCAUGUCUGACGUGAACAGAAGCUGGAUUAGCAGUGAAGGAAGGCAUCAGGAGUAAAAGGACGUUGUUCUUUUAGCCAAAGCAAUGAGGUCAUUGAUCUGCAGCACUGCAUGGCAUCUUCUCAUUAUCUGGUGGAUCGCACUGGUGUACCUUUCCGAACAGCAUAUUGAUGCGGGAGAAGUCAUGGAGCCAUGUAAUGGCAGGGACUGCUCCACGUGCAGGUGCCAACCUGCCAAAGGUGCCCGGGGGGCACCAGGGCGACUGGGUGAACAGGGGAUUCAGGGUGAGUACGGUCCACACGGCCCACCAGGACCACAAGGUGAGAAGGGCAGAAGAGGGGCGGAGGGGGAAGAAGGGCCUGAUGGACCUCCAGGGGACAGGGGGAUCACUGGUGUUCCAGGUUUUCCAGGAGCAAAUGGUGUGGAUGGACAUGUUGGUGAUGGAGGACUUCCGGGUCCACCGGGAUCAUGUGGCACUCAAGGGACUCAAGGGGAAAAAGGUAUCCCUGGGACACGUGGGUUUGAUGGAAUACCUGGACACCGAGGUCCUAAAGGACAGAAAGGCGUGAAGGGAGAGCCGAUAUUAGCCAAUAUAUAUCUGGGAGCUCCAGGUCCAACUGGCCAUCCUGGCCUUCCUGGAUUCCCUGGCAUCCUUGGGGUACCAGGAAUUCCAGGCUCAUAUGGCCCAGAAGGCUUAAGAGGUCCCCCAGGGAUACGAGGACUACCAGGCAAGUCACUUCCGGGUCCGAGAGGAGAUGACGGAGACCCUGGAAAACCUGGCACACCCGGUCCACCAGGUCCUCCAGUUACACCCGGACCUGAUGAUCUUCCCAAAGGAGAAAAGGGAGAAAAGGGAGAAAAGGGACGCUGUGGGCCAGAUGGACCAGAUGGACCCACAACAGGCCCUGGUGUGAAAGGGGAAAAAGGAAUUCUUGGAUUUCCUGGUUUACAAGGUCUCCAAGGUAAAGAUGGACCAGCAGGACCUCCAGGUCUACAGGGACACAGUGGAGACCCAGGUCCACCUGGUCACCGAGGUCACCCUGGUCUGAAGGGUGAAAUGGGGGAUCCAGGUUUGAAAGGUCCUCUAACUGUUCUGAAAAUAGAGCGAGGGCCACCUGGUGAUCCAGGGCCCUGUGGACCACCUGGGCCACCUGGAGAUUAUGGAUUAAUGGGGAAACCAGGAUUCCCUGGCCAUCCAGGAGAAUCUUUCCCAGGACCAGCUGGCGAUCCUGGACUGCCAGGCUCUGAGGGACCCAAAGGGUUCAAAGGAGACUCGGGUCCACUUACUGAAUUAGAACCAGGACCUCCUGGGCCACCUGGGCCACCUGGGCUUCCUGGAAUCAAAGGAGUCCAAGGUCCACCUGGUUCACCUGUUAGAUUAGAUAAGUGUUGGCCUUGUGAUCUGGAAUCACCAGGGGAAAAAGGGGACAAAGGAUUGCCUGGGGUAAAAGGUGCUAAAGGGCAAAAAGGUUAUCCUGGGGAUAAUUAUUGCAGUUCUGAUUGGGAAGGGCCACCUGGUCCUGCUGGUCCUCCUGGACCCCCAGGAUAUGAUGGAGUUCCUGGAAGUGCAGGAGGGCGAGGUGAUCCAGGAGCCCCAGGAGAUCCAGGUCUAGCUGGUGCUAUUGGACGACGAGGCCCAAGUGGUCCACAAGGUAACAAAGGUCAGAAAGGAGACACUUAUUUUUCAGCAGUAAAAGGCAUAAAAGGAGAUAGGGGUGAUCCCGGGUUCCCUGGUCAACCAGGAGAUAAUGGCCACCCAGGUGUUUCAGGACCACAAGGUUCGGUUGGAGACCCAGGACCACCAGGAAAUGGGUAUAGAGGUCAGAAAGGAUACAACGGUUUCCCAGGACCCAUAGGGCCUAAAGGUUACCCAGGGCCUCGAGGUCCUCAAGGCCAAGGCAUACAAGGUCAAAAGGGGCUGCCAGGGGAACCAGGAAACCAAGGCCCUGAUGGCCUGCCUGGAUUUUCUGGACCUCCAGGUCUUCCCGGGUCUUCAUGUUGUCCUGACAACCCUGGGCCCCCAGGACCAAAGGGUGACAUUGGCAACCGAGGAGCUCCCGGGCCACCAGGACUACCUGGGUAUGACGGUCCUCAUGGAAUACCAGGCCCAAAAGGAGAACAAGGAGAUGAUGCCUCUGGAGGGUAUGGGCCUCAAGGUCUUCCAGGACUGCCUGGAGAUCCAGGUGAUCCAGGUCCCAAUGGAAGCAGCUAUGUUGGCACACCAGGCUCACCUGGGCCACAAGGACCACCAGGGCUUAAGGGGUCUCAAGGUAAUGGUCUUUCUGGUAGUCCUGGAAUUCCUGGACUAGUCGGAUUACCUGGAAGCCCUGGUCCAAAGGGUUUUCGUGGUCUAUUGGGUCCUCCUGGCGUAACAGGAGAAAAUGGGCCCCCUGGUCCUCACGGAUGUAAUGGGCAGGCUGGAAAUGAUGGGGACCCAGGUCCACCUGGAAUACCAGGGACUACACCUGAUUUUUGUGCUGCUUUCUCAGGUUUACCAGGUCCCCCAGGACCCACAGGACCCAAGGGUCCGCCUGGACUGCCAGGCAUCAAGGGAGAAAAAGGACCGAUUGGUAUUCCGGGAUAUGGACCAAAUGGUACUUCAGGCACACCUGGACUACCUGGCCCCCCUGGUCCCCCUGGUCCAUAUGGUUCAAGAGGAGCACAUGGUGAACCAGGACUACCCGGGCUUCCUGGGAUAAAAGGAACUAAAGGGGAGCCUGGUUUAGAUGGAGCAAAAGGGUUUCCUGGGAAGCCAGGUUUACCAGGGCCUCCAGGCAGGAAAGGAGAGAGGGGUGGUCAGGGGCCAACUGGUUUGACUGGAUACACUGGAUCCAAAGGACCCAAAGGUAUUAAGGGAGAUCUAGGGAUUCCAGGCAAUUUCACCAUGCUGAAAGGCAAGAGGGGAUUACCUGGACUCAAUGGAAUAUCAGGAUUUCCAGGACCUAGAGGACAUCAAGGUCAAUCUGGGUUGCCUGGUAAACCGGGUCUGGAUGGAUUUGGUGGUGCCCCUGGAUUUCAGAAAGGUUUCCCUGGCUUGCCUGGAAGAAGUGGCCCUCAAGGACCACCAGGCCCACGAGGGCCCAGAGGAUAUUCAGGUGACAGGGGAUUACCAGGAUACACUGGAGAGCAGGGUGAUUUAGGUUUCCCUGGACUAAAUGGUCCCCCAGGCUACCAGGGGCUGCCAGGCAACAAAGGUGACAGAGGAGACUCUACUGGAUGUUCUGGUCCCCCUGGACCAAAGGGGAAUAAGGGCGAUAGUGGAUGCCAAGCUGAAUUUGGAGAUCCAGGAGACCAAGGAAAGCCAGGACAUCAAGGUCCACAGGGACAGCCUGGUCGUUCUGGUCCUUCCGGACCACCAGGUCCUUAUGGAUCUCAAGGAAAUAGAGGUCCUCCAGGUCUUUCUGGUCCUUUGGGUCCUCCAGGCAUUCCAGGGUUUCCUGGACAUAAAGGGUAUCCAGGUCUACCAGGUCAGAAAGGAUUUCAAGGACCACCAGGUCUCAAUGGUCUAAAUGGAAUCCCUGGUCCUAAAGGAGAGAAAGGCUGGUGUGGUAAUGAUAUUGUCAGCCCUCCUGGGUUACAAGGUGAUCCAGGAGACCAAGGCCUAUCUGGUGACCCAGGAAUCCCAGGAGACUUUGAGCUCGGGCCCAAAGGACAUGUUGGAUGUCCUGGAGACCAAGGUCCCCCGGGUAUUCCAGGUCUACCUGGUGCCCGAGGUGCAAGCUGUGAAGAAUUAAUUCAAGGACUCAUUGGGGACCAAGGACCAACAGGUUUUCCAGGACAUCCAGGACUUGCAGGUCCACCUGGACCUCCAGGUUUAGUUUUUUCUGGAGAUCCUGGGGAUGAAGGACCACCAGGACUACCAGGGAGAGAUGGUGCGAGAGGUCCAGCUGGAUCCCCUGGAGAUAUCGGCUUUCCUGGAAAACCAGGAUCCAAAGGGCAGAAAGGACUUCCCGGUUUAAUAGGUUUCCCAGGAUCAGGAGGUUUCAAAGGACAUGAUGGACCACCAGGGUUCAAAGGUGAAAAAGGGACUGCAGGGGCCAGGGGUCCCAAAGGUCGUAAUUGUACAGUGGUACCUCCCUCUCUGAACCGCCCUCAGAGUGGGCCACCAGGACGACCUGGGGCGCCAGGACCUACAGGAUUCUCAGGAGUAGAUGGACUCCCUGGAAAUCCAGGAGCCACUGGUUCCAAGGGUCAGACAGGCCCUCGUGGGUUACCUGGGAAACCAGGAACUGCAGGAUUUCCAGGCCCACCCGGAGAUGCUGGAGAUCAUGGACAAGAUGGUUUUGUGGGGCCACAAGGCCCACCAGGGUCCCAGGGUGAGCCAGGUUUUCCAGGGCCAGUGGAUCCAGUGGGCUCCGGGUUUCUCCUGGUGAUCCACAGUCAGUCAGAGGUGGUGCCGGAGUGUCCAGCAGGCAUGCCUUUACUCUGGAGUGGUUAUAGUCUUCUUUAUUUGGAGGGCCAGGAGAGAGCUUACACACAAGACCUGGGCCGAGCUGGAUCCUGUCUGCGUGUUUUCAGCACCAUGCCCUUCUCCUACUGUAACUCUGCCGCCUGUCAUUACGCCAGUCGCAAUGACAAAUCCUACUGGCUGAGCACCAAUAACCCUUUGCCCAUGAUGCCCGUAUCGUGUGGAGAGAUCUACCAAUACAUCAGCCGCUGUGUGGUGUGUGAAGCUCCGGCUCCAGCCGUGGCAGUCCACAGCCAGAACACCAGUGUGCCCAGCUGUCCAAUCGGCUGGAGCAGUCUAUGGAUUGGCUACUCAUUUCUCAUGCACACUGGCUCGGGUGAUGAAGGUGGUGGUCAGUCGCUCACCUCAUCUGGAAGCUGUCUGAAGGACUUCAGGACUCAGCCGUUUGUGGAGUGCCAGGGUCCACGUGGAACGUGCCAUUUCUUUGCCAAUGUCUACAGCUUCUGGCUGACCAGUGUGAGCCAUAAGGAGGAGCAAGGCUUAGCACCACAGACUCGCACUCUGAAGACCACCUCGCAGCAGCGAGCGUGCAUCAGCCGCUGCCAUGUUUGCAUGAAGCAGUGAUGAACUGAAGUGGCCAGAUCAGCGGCGUUCAUUCCCAAAUGUCUUCAGUGGCUUUCUUUUAAUGAGCUGCAAUAAGGUUACUGAGCUAUAAUAGUAAUUGUUUGACUUUAUUAGUAAUUGCUAAGAAAAACAUCUUUAGUAUUCUAAUCAUUGUGAAUUCACAAAAAUUCAUAUCUUACUACAGGUUUACUUAAAGCUACUUAUUUUUUAUAUUCUAUUAUUUAUUUAUGUACUACUGAAUACUCCAUUAUUUGACUUCUUUAUUUGGACCAAAUAUGAAAUAUUAGAGAAAAUAUAAAGGUUUUUGUCCACCCAGGCUUGCAUUAUGAUUUUUUUUAUAUAAUUAUUAUUAAUAAACUGGUAUGUGUGUUUUUA